GGUGCCCUCCUGUUGUCAGGCGGAUGGUGGUCCGAUUUUGCACUUCCACUUCCACUCUAUUCCUGCCCGUCCAGGUGGUUCGCACUGGCGCUAGAUCUAAAUUGCGACUGUCGUACUCUAGGCAAGAUUCUUAUUUUUCUCACUCACGACCGUCCUCAACCAGGGAAGAAGAGCAUAACAGGAGGUCUGUGCCAAUAAAUUCACAAAAGGAGCAGGUAAAGAUUUAGAAGGCGAGCCCAGAAAUUUUUAGUUCAGGUUCGUGUACUCAUCUAAAUCACUAAAUCGAGACAUACAAGGACAACUAAUAGGAAAGUAGCUACUACACGUACUUGUUCAGUACCACUGCUAGGAAGACAUAGCUACAACAGUACUACACCACAACAAAAAACCAAAGAAUGUCUGAAGUUGGCAGCCCAAAGCAGACGUCGAAGAAGACGGCCAGCGACAAGCCUGAGGAUGUCCUGCGUAUCUCGACAACACGUGCGGUCCCUUUCUGGGUCAAGUCCGCAACCAACUUUCUUCAAGGUAGUCAUUGUCUAACCCUUUAGAGGCUGGGGGGUUUCGGUUGGGGUUUUGACAUUCGUUCACGGCUCCAAACUACAAAAUUGAGGACAGGGUUCUUUGUCCUCUCGUCCGCCUUCAUGGAUAUUGCAUUCUAUUUUCAGUUUCACGACUACAACAUUUUUAAUUUCGCAUAGGUAGUUGAUACGUAUUGAAGACACUGCAUUAAUCAAUCUCCCAAACAAAAAACUCCAUCAGGCGUCACCGGAAAGGAUGGCAUCGAGAAGAAGAUAUUUGACCAGAUGACCAUCUCUGCGCUUGGAACUGCUAUCCCGUCCGCCGUUGCCACAGUUGGACUUCUUUAUGAAAACUUUUGAGUUUGUUAGUACUAGAUUGAUCGAGUAGUCAUUCUCAUAGUACCGUACAGUUUGGUAGAGGUUUGAGCCUAGAACUUUUUCUGGGUAUGCUUCGAUAUUCUUGUACGUCAAAUCUUCCCUCUUUCAUUCCCCUGAGAAGAACGACGUUGGCAGCGUUGUGAAGAUUGAGACGCACUAUGCUCAGCUGAAUAGCGGAAAGCGAGCACAAGUGCAGAUUACGGUGAAGCGUAACCCGAAAUAUGUUGCGCCAGUAAAGGUCAGCAGCAUGGUCAUUCCCCCGUGCCCAGAACGGCUCACAACCGACAAACUCGAAAAAAAAAUGAAGAAGGUCAUCAAGGAAGGAGGUACUUUUGGGACUUUGGUUCGGAUUUGUAGCGAGACUCAUGCAUAGACGAAUUUUUAUCUCAAAAGUGGUUGUGGUGCGUGUGUAAUUGUCUUGACGGUUUAGGGUCUAGUGCGAAUCGUUUUACCAUGUCACCUCUCACAUUCUUAAGAACUACAGCUUCUUGCACCUCCUGACAAAAAUUUCCCUAGGUAAGCGUGGUGUGGAGAUAGAGGGAGCAGCCGAUAUGGGCGGUCUCAAGUACUUCUGCACGAAGAUGCUCGAGCCGGCAGGUGACUUGGACAUGCUGGUACAUUUUUUUUGAAAAUAUUUUGUUCCAAUUGAGUGCAUAAGUGUAUGUAAGGGAUUUCUGCAGUGCUCGGUUUUUUGGGUAAGGGGGGGAGGAACCACGCCUUUGUCGCUUCCAAUCAACUCGCGCUUUUUCGCUUCAGCACUCGUCUCCCCAACCACGCACAAGACCUCUAAUCCGAAACAAAUUCACUACCUUGAACUCUCUCUCUGACAUUUUGCGACAGGUCGAAAGCGUCAAAGCGAUGAACGCCAAGUCGGACCCGAGCGAGGAGGAGCGAAAGGGUGGCGCCGGUCACAUCGGCAAGGUCGUGAUGUCUAUGGCCGAUGACGAUAAUCUGUGCAUUGUGGCUUACGUUCCGGAAGACGAAUCCAAGGCCUGCAAUGCGAAGGAAUGGUAAUGCAUACUUUUCAGUUUUUAUGAUUAUUGUGUUUCGGACCGUAGCUGCAAUGCUUACCUUUGCCUCUCGUUUCACUUUUUAGCGCUAAUGAUAGGUUGUGGCGUUUGGAAAAGUACCUAUCUGCAUAGGACGUAGGAAACUAAUAUUUAUAAGUGUUGAACAUGAGCGCGGACCCUGGUAGUUGACUCUCUAGAAGUGGGGGUCAGUCGCCUCUGUGGGUUUUGCGUCAAACUCUGAGGCACAUGAAUAGAAGAAGAGAAACAUCUAUCGUUCCCUGUGAUAUGGAUCGAAAUUUCGAGCUACUUACCAGGUUUGUGUGGCUUCCUUCACCGUUCAGCUUCAACCAAACUUUCCCUUCUAUAACACACUACCAGGUUGGAAUAUGUCCUGAAGAUGUGCGGAGCCAAGGGCGUCGCCAUCCGUGAAGAUUCAUCAACAAACUAUGCCAUGGUUUGCGUUAAGAACGACGGCGAAAAGGGUGUCUUCUGCCUCAAGAUGCGUGAUUACGGUACCACUAUGUGUUGAUAGUAUCGUCGUUAUCUGCUUGCGGCAUCGUGGAAUAGCGCCUGUCAGUUAGUAAUUCAUUUCUACUUUACUCCAGCACGCUUUCCUGUGUCCGCACUGUGGAGGUAAGCUUAUUCUUAUCAAGGCCUUUCAAAACAAUACUGUGUGUUCUGCACGAGUGCUUUCUCGAUCAUACCCGUUCGAGAAGCAAUUCUGAAUAAAGAAACCUACCAAAAGAUUUUAUCGUAUAAGUACCUAGAAGGUGACCGACCUAUAGUACAGAAACACAUACCUAUGAUCAACAAAACAGUUAUCCAGCAUGCCAACGCUUUCUUGCGGGACAAGAACCUGUUGCCGGAGAACGUCGAUGAAAGCGAAGACGAGAUGGUUUUCGGUGAUGAUGACUUCCCGUAAACGGUUUUUAGUUUUACGGAAGAAUAGCGCAAGUAGUUGUUCAACAUCUUGAACACCAAUAUUGAUAGCUAAUGAUUGAUUUCAAAAUAGAUGAUGACCCGGCGUUCUCGGAUGUCGGUCGAUACUGUUGUACUUGGAGUGCAGAACUCGAACUCCGGCGGUUCUCACUGAAAAUCUAGUGUUAUCAUGUUGUUCUUCCAUUACUAUGUGAUAGAUGGGAGCGGAGUAAUCCGAUGUUGUCCAUGUAAGCGUACUUUUCAUAGUCACUCCACAUUCAUAACUUCAUCUUAAGUGGACCUAAUGUACUAGAAAGAGUAAACGACCCCCGGGUCGGUCCUUCGUAGUCAUUUUUCUAAGAUGUGGAUCGUCUGCGUUUCGUUUGGCGGGUGACGACGUGUUUUCUUACGCGGUCUUACGUGGAGGGAUUAACACUCUGUCUCGUUGACACCAGGCAGUCACGACGCAGAAAAAUAUCUACGAUGUGAAAAUGAUUGAGAAGCUAGAUGAAGAAUUGACCCCUUUGUUUUAAAUCUAAGUUGUUGUUCCUUCUAUGCAACAACUGCAUAUGAUCCUUAUGUUAGCACGAUCAUAACACUUGUUUAAUAUCCGAGAUACUCAUCAUCUAUCAAGCAAAUACUCUCUCCAACUUCUAUUACAUGAAAUUGAAGAUUAAGAUCGAUUGUCACGACCUGAAUGCUCGACUCAAUUAUAAAUGGAUGGAAUUCGGCGUUAAGUCAGUUGUGAAUUUUCAGUCUAUGAUUGUUCGCAACGUAACUUGAGGAUGUUGUAACAUAGAAGCACUAAGAGGAUCUACAUACUAACGUUCACGUUGUGACUGAAAAUACUGAUAUUAUCACUAGCUAUCAAUUAGACUUACUGAAAAUGAACGUUGGAGAUCGAUGAACAAUCGGUCGUUCAUUUCACGAUUGUUCGGAUAUACAGUAAAUUGUAAUUCUUCAUGAGCAUGAAGUUCGUUAGAAUUUCAUCAUGAGGGAAACGACUAUGUACUCUAAAAAAUGUGUCCUUUCGCUGGUCUCGUACGAAGUACAUAUGAGUAUGAACUUCUAUCAGCGCAGGUGACACCGCAAAAUUGAGACUUUUCGAACAUAACCUACACCUACUAUGAAUUAUACCCCCAAGCAAACACUACUCCCAAGUCAGUGCUUGUUGACGACGAUGUUAUCCGUACAAAGUUUUUCAAAUGAAUUCUCGAAAAGUGUAAAAUGAAGCGCGUAUCUAUAGCGUCUUGGUCUUCUCACUGCCGAUGUGCUUGUCAUGCAUCGCGGGUUUGUUCCAAAUGUUCCCGAUCACUGAGAUGGGAGCUGCCGCAAGAACAGCCGUGAGAGACGGAAAAUUCAAG